AUGGGUCGCAGGUCAAAGCAAAAAUCGGGAGCAGGUGCUGCCAAAAAGACCAAAAACAUUUUCAAGGUCAAUGACGUUAAACAGAAGAAGAAGCCCAAGGAAGUACAGGGCAAGCUUAAAAAGAUCAAGGAAGCUGUAACCAAAAAGCAAGAAAAAGUUGAUGCCAAUCUGCGUGAACUUCACAAAGACUUGGUGGUAAAGAAGCCACAACCGUCAACCUCGAAACCUCUAAAGGCAGGCAAAAAACCAGCGGCAAACACCAAAAAUGUUUCAGACAAGUUGGGAGAUUUAAAAUUCUAAAGUAAUGUAGACGAAAACAUCCACGCCAUAGUUGUGUUUUUAACAAAGCCUUCCAAGAACUUCCAAGACUUUACCCCUUAUUAGACCCGAUUUUAGUUUUAGUUGUGUUUAUUUUAGUUUAAGACGUCAAGUAAAUAAUUAUAAUCAUAUAUGCUUACAUAUAUUGUAAACAUCUAGAAAAGAUACUUGAUUAUGAAAUGUUCAUAUCAAACCGGAUAUAACCCUAUAACACCACCGUAAUAUUGACUGAUAAAAA